CCUGCCGGGGCGGGGCCUGGGAGGCGGAGAAAGCCGCGGCCGCCCGGAGCCCAGUCGCGUGUUCCCAGCCCCCGGAAGUGGCCGUUGUAAACUUCACCUCGCCGACUUUCUCCAUCCUGGUCCUAGAGUCCACCGGCUUUCCUCCGUUGUCACUCCUUCUCCCGAGGGCUGCCUGCCUGGCCUUCCACCCCAGACCUGAAGCUAGCUGCCCGGGGGUCGUGGGUGUGCAGGCUGGACCACUCGAGCCCGAGACUUUAGUCCAUCUAACCUGUAAGUCACAGACAUCAUCAUAAAGAAGUAUAUCAUUAAGAAACAGUGGGCUAUUGUGAAAAACUGGAAGACUUACCAUGAGUUUAAACACUUCAAGUAAUGCCACCACUGGGGAUACCCAAAGGUUGAAAAAUGCCUCAUUGGAUGUAAAGCAAAUGCUUAAAAAUGAAACCGAGUCAGACUUCACUGCCGAUCUCAGGAAGAAACUCCACCGGGCUAAGAAGGAGAAACUAGAAAUGACAACGAAGCACAACGCAGAGCUGUCAAGCUUCGAGAGCCAGAUUGCCAGGCUGCGAUCUGAGGUGGAGAAGGGGGAAGCGCUGCGACAGCGACUGGAGUAUGACCUGGCUGUCGCUAGGAAGGAGGCUGGUCUGGGAAGACGGGCGGCUGAGGAGAGACUGGCCGAGGCGCAGAGGACUCAGGAGAAACUCUAUGCUCAGAAUUCAGAACUUCAAGAAAAGGCAAAUGAAAUUGAGAAAACAUUUCAGACUUCCCAAGAGAAAUGGAAAGAAGAAUGCAGGAGAUUUGAGCAUGAUUUGGAGGAAAGAGAUAAUAUAAUUCAAAACUGCAAUCAAGAAUAUGAGUUACUUAUGCAGGAAAAAAGCAGGCUACAAAAAACUCUACAGGAAGCACUGGAGAAACAUCAGCAAGAGAAGAAUGAGAUGGAGUCUCACGUCAGGGAGACUGCAUUGGAGGAGUUUAGAUUACAAGCAGAGCAAUGGGAAGCAGAGCGAGGAGAGUUACAGCUCAUAGUACAGGAGCAAGAUAGUGCUGUGAAAAAUAUGCAGAAAAAAGUGGAACAGUUGGAAGCCGAGCAUAUGGACUGCUCUGACCUUCUGCGGCGACAAACGAGUGAGCUUGAAUUUAGCACUCAGAGGGAAGAACGCCUGAGGAAAGAAUUUGAGGCAACUACUCUAAGAGUGAGGAAGUUAGAAGAGAACAUUGAAGCAGAAAGAGCAGCACAUUUGGAAUCAAAAUUUAAUUCUGAAAUUAUUCAGUUACGGAUUCGAGACCUUGAAGGAGCUUUACAAGUAGAAAAAGCCAGCCAAGCAGAGGCUGUUGCUGAUCUGGAAAUGAUUAAGAAUGAAUUUAAAGAAGUUGAAAGUGCAUAUGAACGAGAAAAACAUAAUGCACAAGAAAGCUUAACAAAACUGAAUUUAUUAGAAAGAGAGUAUUUCUCCAAAAACAAGAAACUAAGUGAAGAGAUCGACGAACAGAAGAAAGUAAUUAUAGAUCUUUCAAAGAGACUCCAAUAUAAUGAAAAAAGUUACAGUGAGUUACAAGAGGAACUUGUAAUGGCUAAGAAGCACCAGGCCUUCCUAGUAGAGACAUGUGAAAAUAACGUGAAAGAAUUGGAAUCGGUCUUGGACAGCUUUACUGUGUCAGCCCAGUGGCCAUCAGGCAUCCACAAGGACAAAGAUAAGCCUCCCAGCUUCUCUGUUGUCCUUGAGACUUUGAGGCGGACCUUGACAGAUUACCAGAACAAGCUGGAAGAUGCUUCUAAUGAGCUGAGCAGCGUAAAUGAUGCCAAGGAAAAGACAUCCAAUGAACUCGAUUCUACCAAACAGAAGAUCGAGUCUCACACUAAAAAUAUAAAGGACCUUCAGGACAAACUGACCGAGGGCCAUAAGGAGCUGAGUCAUCUCCGCACCAAGUGUGCGGACCGCGAGGCCCUCGUAAGCACGCUGAAGGUGGAGCUGCAGAACGUCCUGCAUUGUUGGGAGAAGGAGAAGGGGCGGGCAGCCCAGUGUGAGAGCGAGCUGCAGAAGGUGUCCCAGGCCUUUCAGAAGGACACUGAGGAGAAGCUAACCUUCCUUCACACCUUAUAUCAGCACUUGGUAGCAGGCUGUGUGCUCAUAAAACAACCAGAAGGCAUGCUGGAUAAAUUCUCUUGGUCUGAGCUUUGUGCAGUCUUGCAGGAGAAUGUUGAUGCCCUCAUCGCAGACCUCAACAGGGCUAAUGAGAAGAUAAGUCACCUGGAGUAUAUCUGUAAAAACAAGUCCGAUACCAUGAGAGAGCUUCAGCAGACCCAGGAAGACACCUUCAGCAAAGUGGCGGAACAGAUCAAGGCCCAAGAGAGCUGUUGGCACAAGCAAAAGAAGGAGCUGGAGUUCCAGUAUUCCGAGCUGCUCCUGGAGGUGCAGAGGAGGGCACAGAAAUUUCAAGAAAUUGCAGAGAAGAACAUGGAAAAAUUGAACCGUAUUGAGAACUCACAUGAACAACUGGUUCGUGAGAAUUCACAUUUCAAAACUGCAUUGGCCAAGACUCAGAGGGAACAGACGUGCUUGCUGGCGGCAUGUGCGCUGAUGGCUGGAGCAUUGUAUCCCCUCUACAGCAGGUCAUGUGCCUUAUCCACACAGAGAGACUUCCUCCAGGAGCAAGUCAACAGCUUGGAAUUGUUCAAACUGGAAAUUAGAACUCUAGCCCAGGCAUUGGCAGCAGUAGAUGAGAAGAAACAAGAAGAAGCCAAACCAAAGAAAAAAUCGUUCAAAGGACUGAUUCGUGUGUUCCGGAAAGGUGCGAUUGCCAUUUUGGCAGCAAACAGACUCAAGAUCUUGGGCCAAUCCUGUGCCUCUCUUUUUACCUGGAUGGAAAGCUGUAAAGAAGGCAUAGGCGUGCUGGUGUGUACGGGAGAGCCCAAAGACAAGCGCAAAUUUCCAAAGCAUCAGAGGGAGCAGUUACGUUGUUUACAAGCACUCACUUGGUUUACCAGUUCUGACCUUCUUGCUGGGAUUGUCAGUUCUAUGGUCGAGCUGCAAGACGUCAUUAGUAAAACAGAUCCAAAUUCCAGAAUUUGUGGACAUUUACUCAUAGGUGCAGCCAAGAGUUCUUUUGCAAAACUAAUGGAUAAAAUUAGUUUGGCAAUGGAAAGCAUACCUCUGCGUAGCAGCCGGAGCAUAACAUACGUAGAAAAGGAUUCCCUGGUUCAGAGGCUGGCCCGUGGACUUCACAAAGUGAACACGCUGGCCCUCAAGUAUGGUCUGCGCAGCCAUGUGCCCAUUAUGAAAAGUACUGCAUCAUUACAAAAGCAGAUAUUUGGAUUUACACAAAGGCUGCACGCAGCGGAGGUAGAGCGCCGCUCACUGCGCCUCGAGGUCACCGAGUACAAACGGUCCCUGAAUGAGAUGAAGAAGGAGCUGGACAAGUCCCAGAACCUGCAGAUGCAAUUAAAUGAGUUCAAGCACUCCAAGCUGAUCACCCACGAGAAGUUCGAAAGUGCAUGUGAAGAACUAAAUAACGCACUGCUCCGGGAACAGCAGGCACAAAUGCUGCUGAACGAACAGGCCCAGCAACUGCAGGAGCUGAAUUACAGACUUGAGCUGCACUCCAGCGAGGAGGCUGACAAAAACCAGACUCUCGGAGAAGCUGUCAAGAGUCUCUCCGAGGCAAAGAUGGAGCUGAGAAGGAAAGAUCAAUCUCUACGUCAGCUCAAUAGACAUCUUACCCAGCUGGAGCAGGACAAGCGUCGACUGGAGGAGAACAUCCAUGAUGCCGAGAGUGCCCUCCGCAUGGCAGCCAAAGACAAAGAAUGUGUUGCUAAUCACAUGAGAACAGUAGAAAACAUGCUUCAUAAGGUCAGAGAUCAGAUCUCGCUGUCACGGACUGCAGCAAGUAGGAAUGACUUCACCCUGCAGCUACCCAAACUGCACCUGGAGACCUUUGCAAUGGAGGGCCUCAAGGGUGGGCCAGAGGUUGUAGCAUGCCAGGCCAUGAUUAAAAGUUUCUUGGAUGUCUACCAGCUUGCAAGUGCUAGAAUCUCUACAUUAGAGAAGGAAAUGACGUCGCACCGAAAUCACAUUGCAACUCUGAAAUCCGAGCUCCACACAGCUUGUCUAAGAGAGAAUGAAAGCUUACAAUCAACAGGAUCCCGAGACCAUUCCAAUGUCUCCAUCCCUUCAAGACCUGUUCUCCCUGGGAAUACAGUUGGGGACUUCCUUCCUCUGCAAGCGGAACUUGAUACAACUUACACUUUUUUAAAGGAGACAUUCAUAAAUACAGCACCCCAUUCUCUGACGUCAUCCCAGUCCUCUCCAGUGAUCCCUGCUAAUGCCAAAAGACCAUCUCAGAUUGGAUUAUGACUCUAUGAAAUAAAAAAGUGGAGGACGAGUUAA